AUGACGUUUGCGGAGGACGGAGAUCGCGCAAGGGACAUGUUAGAAGUCGUUCGCAAGACCAUGUUUGAUUAUGUUCGUGCCAUUGACAUGGUGGACUUUGUCCGAGCAAACGACAUGGUGGAGAUGUUCGCAGACAUUCAGAAGCUACAAUCCCUGAAUCAGCAGGUUGGACCCUAUGGACCUGCGAUUGGCAACCUCAAUGUUGGAGUCCCCGACUGGCAGCCAGGCUUUGGACCUUACGACAGCUAUGGCCUCCAUCCAACCCAAGACGGCGGCAAGCCUCUCAUCGUGGGCUCAUCCACUGGAAUGCCUAUGGUUCUUCCUUGA